AUGAGUGGCCUCGCCGAUCCUCCAUCCAGAAACGCAAUUCCCGGCGCAGACGCCCGGGGCAGGACUCGAAAUCUUCCUGUUCUCUCGUCUUCCGGUCAUCAUUCAUCCGGAGCGAUGGAAAUUACUCCUUCUUCGCCCGCGAUGGGCGGUGGCGCCCCCGCCCACGGCAGCCCCGAUGGCGACCGGACCAACGCAAUCAACACCAAUGGCUCCGAAGCCGCCGGUAACAAUAUCUCCAACCCAGCAAUUGGAGCUGCAGCGGCAGCUCAGCAACCAAAAGUGGUGCAAACUGCAUUCAUUCACAAGCUCUACAACAUGCUCGAAGACUCCAGUAUUCAACAUCUGAUAUCUUGGUCGAGUACCAACGAUAGCUUUGUCAUGUCUCCAACUUCAGAGUUCUCGAAAGUCCUAGCUUCGUACUUUAAGCACACCAAUAUCUCUUCCUUCGUCCGACAGCUCAAUAUGUACGGGUUUCACAAAGUGAGCGAUGUGUUUCAUACAGGGUCCCCAGACUCUGCGCUUUGGGAGUUUAAACAUGGGAAUGGCAAUUUCAAGCGAGGUGAUCUAGUUGGUCUACGUGAGAUCAAACGUCGCGCUUCCCGGCAUGCUCUGAUCCAUCGAGACUCGUUCCCUGGUCACAAAGCUCCUGUGUCGCAGCCCGGGACACCUGCGGAACCCAUCCCGGAUGCGACUGAAGCCAGGCUGAUGAACUUGGAACACACCCUUUAUGACAUGCAUAAUCGUUUAUCUCGUGCCGAGGAAGGCAACGCGGCGCUGAAUUCGAGAUGCCAGGGCAUGGCCGAAAGUCUCACAAAGUGCUACAAUUGGACGCAUUCUAUUUCGCGAUUUCUGUCGGUCGUUGUGCCCGACAGGGAGAGCUCUCUCUUCCGAGAUGUCUCCAACAUGCAGAGAGAAGUCGAAAAACACAUUGAAACCGUUCGCGCCCUCGAGAACCCCCAAGAGCCGCUCAUGCCGCCGCGGCAGCCGUACUUUGCGAAUAUACCUGUUGAAUCGGGCCCGCCGCUGUCCCCGCGCCAAUUACCCCAGGACGAUGGUCGUCGACAGUCUAUAAUGGAUCCUUCUCGAUCAAGCAUGAUUCGGCCGCCCGUGCCCCCGCAUCUUGCUGUCCACCCCCGUUCCGCCACCACAGCCAAUGCCCCAUCCGCUUUCGAUCUCGACUCCCCCGGGCCUAACCUCGCCCGCCGCCACACUUCCGCGGACAUUCGGCAGCAUGGUUGGUCGCCAUCGGCUGCUUCUCCUUUCCCUCCUGGCAACCCCGCUAGUGGCCCAUGGCCUCCGUCGCCGCAUCGGACGCCGGUAUCAAGUGAUCAGCAGGUUCGCGACGUGUUGGCUCAGUACGAAAUGGGUGCUCCCCGGCGCUUUCAGGAAUCUCGUCAUGCUACUCCGCCCGCGAAUGUCGAGCCCUCCCCAUCUUUGCUCGGCGUUGACAAUGGCUGGACGUUAGGGGGAUCCCGAUACCCUCGGCACGAAUCCUCACUACCCGCAACCCGCCGUUCCAGCAUGGCAAGCAACGUGCAUUCGCUGCUUAACCCUGCUGAUACUGCCGAAAGACCCGAUGAGGACCAACAGGAUGACCGCAAGCGAAAACGGCUGGAGUAA